AUGGCUCCGAAGGCAGUCAAUCCGAGGGCAAAAGAAAUGGAGGAUUAUGACAAGGAGCAGUUCAUGCUCAUGCAGCAGCGACACAAGCUCCAGAAGGACACGCAGCUGGAGGUCCGAAACACCAAGUACAACAUGAGCCGGAUACAAGAGAGCUGGCUCAAGAUCAUGCGCUCUGCAAAAACCAAGCAGCUCAAAAAGCAGGUUGAAAUCAUCUCGCAGAACCACGAGCGUGAUGUAGACCGAAAGGAUGCCAUCCUUCAAAUGUUGGAUCGCGACCUUGAUGAGGCUGAGGAGCAGCACCAAGUAGCGGUGCGCAGCCACCUGCUGAACGUGGACCGACUCCUGGAGAUCCAGCAGAGCAGGCUGCUGGCCUUGGAUGAAGAGUUCAAGCGGGAUGUGGCGACUCUACAGGAGGAGUUCCGAAUUGAACGCGAGCACAUCCAGGAACGGCACGCCCUCGAGAAGCGAGAGCUGGCGUUGAUCGUGGAGCAAGUUGAGCGCGAGGAGAAGAAUAGAGAACAGGCUGACAUCUCGGACCACCAGGGCCAGUUCGAGCUCAUUCGCAACAAGAACAUUGAGGAAGAUCACCAGAUGCGCUCCGGCUUGGAGGAGCAAAUCGAAGAGACCAGAGCAAGGUGUAAAGACAAGCUGCUGACCUACGAAAGGUCCACGGAGACCAGUACAGCCGACUACAAGGACUACUUGAAAAAGGAUGCCACCCUGAGCGACCAGGUUGAAAGAAGGCUCCGACAAGUAGAGCGGAUGCAGGCUGCAAUCCAGCACUGGAAGCAGAAGAUUGCCCAAAACAGGCAGGAGUGCGAGGAGCGGAACCAGCAGCUGCGUACAGAGAAAGACCACAUCGCCAAGCACUUCCAGGAGUUGAAGGCGAAGAUGAAUCACUUCAGAACCGAGGGCAAGAAGCGCUUGUCUGAUUUGACCAUGAAUGCGAGGAACUGCAUCAAGUCGCUGAAAGAUCAGCUGGCCCUGGCCGAACGCAUAUUGAAGACAGCGGAGUUGUGCAGGAAGUUUGAAACGGAGCGUGAGAAGGUUCUUCCAUUUUACCUCUCCCGUGACAUCCUGCAAGAGUUCGAAGAGGGCGAGCUGGAAUUCGGCGAUGAGGACUUUAGAGAGGAAAUCAAGAAGGAGCUUUCGGACGUGGGCAUCGACGAGUGGACUUAUCUUGACAACUUCUUCAAGCGCUUCAACAAGGUGAAGCUGGACUACCACGCCGUGGAACAGGAAGGAAAGCGUCUCACCAAGGAGAAUGUACAGCUGCGCUCCAUUCUGAAGCAGUUCUUGGAUGGUGUCAGCGUCAACGAGGACGUGCUGUCGGCCCCGAACCCGCUUCUGGUGGUGAACGGCAAGGUCAAUCUGAACCACGUGCCGGUCAAGCGCACCGCAGACAAAACUGUCUAUGUGGAGGCAGCUCAUCAUGCCGGCAACACCGUGGUCAGGCAUUGA